CAAAAAAUUAAAACUAAAGUAAAGUCAAACCAUUUAAACGAUCGAUAUAGUCUGAAAAAUAAAGCAACAUUUAAUAUGCAUAUGCUGAAGUACUUAUAAAAAUAAAAUAUAUAAUUUCAGUCCAUAUACGGAACAGGAACAAAGUGCUACAAGCAGCAAAGAUUGCGUGUAUGUGUGCCCUAUACAUGUGUUUAUGUGUAUGUGCUAGUGAAGGCAAAAAUAGUCGAAUAGUGAAAUGAAGUGACUCAAUUGGAAGUUACUUUUUAAACUGCAACCUAUUCUUUAUUCUAAUUGUUAAAUACAAGAAGAGUCCAAUAUUAUUCGUAGAAUCAGUAUCCAAUUAGAAUUUUAAAACAUUUUUGUCCGAUACACAAGAAGACUGACACUUUAAAAGCACGCUUGAAAUAUUUAAGACGUUUUAAUAAAUGUGCUUUAAAUAAAUUGAUUGAAGCAAUAAAUCAAAAUUUAUUGAAACAAAAUUUAAUAAAAUAUAAUUCACAAGUGUUGAAUUCAUUGGCAACGAACGUGAUUGGGUAACUGUGACUCGUUACUGCAAAAAGUACUCGUGAUUCAUCGCUGACACAAAAAAAACAUCGCACAUCGCUGGGGCAGCUGCCUGAGUGUGUGUGCGUGCGGGUGUGUGAAUGAAAAACUGGCAACUGUGAAAAUAUAACCAAAAAUAAAGGCAAAAUCUGUAUCGAGUGCGUUGACUUUACGCCAUUAACAGCAGCAACGGCAACAGUAAGAUAGCCAACAGCAGCUGAGAAGUCGCAGCAACAACAACAGCAGCAGUUGAAGCAGCAUAUUCAACACUCAGCUGUGUGUCCUUCCAAUUGUGCUCAUUUCAGCAUUCAGCAACGGGAGGCGGCGGCGGCCAUGGCGGACACGGCGACGGCAGCGACAACUGCAGCGGCCAACAAGAAAAAGUGUAGGAACAAAAACCAAAAAUCCCAGCAGCAACAGCAGCAAAAAACUGAAGCUACGCUAGGCAAAGUGCCGUCUAAUGGUCACAUCCAAGCGGACGAGGAUGCGGAAGCAGAUGCGGAUGCGGAUGUGGCACUGAUCAAUGGCAUCAUGCAGCAGGUGCAACUGUGCAAUGGCCAUGCCAAGGAUGCCAAGCUGCCAGCGACGACAAAGGGAAAACCAAAGGCUGAGACAGUAGUGGCCAUUCCAACAGUGGCGGCCACACUCAAUGGCCAUGUGAAGAAGAACGCGACUGCAGCUGCGGCCAAUCAUAAUAAUAAUCAUCUCAACAAUAACAACAAUAGCAGCAACAGCAACAACAAUACCAGCAGCAACAACAACAACAAUGUUAAUAGCAGCAGCAGCAAGAACAACAACAACAAUAAUAACAGUCGCGGCAGCAAGGCGAAAAACAACAAGUCAAGUCAAGCAGCCGCUGAGGAGCAGCAGAAGGAACAACAGCAAGCGACAAGCGUAACAGGAAGCGCCACGGUGAUGGCGACAAGCAACAGCACUGCCAACACACAAACAACAUCAGCAACAACCACAAAGACAACAGCUAUGGCCAUUGCAACAAGGGGCAAUCCUCCUACAACACUGCUGACUGAUGAGGCACCGACAACAUCAGCUGCUGCGGCAGCCGCUGCAACGCAACCGCAAUCACAAACUCAACCCCAAACACAGCCAGAACUAGAAGUACCCCAGCUUGAGCUCGAACCUGCCAUUUCAGCCGACGAGAUUGUCUACAAGGAAUACGAAGCCGAAUACCAGAUGCAUGAUAUUAUGCGUCUGAUACAGGCGGAGCUGUCCGAGCCAUAUUCAAUAUACACGUAUCGCUAUUUCAUUUACAACUGGCCAAAACUCUGCUUCCUAGCCUCGCACGAUAAUCAAUAUGUCGGAGCUAUCGUAUGCAAGCUGGACAUGCAUAUGAAUGUGCGACGCGGUUACAUUGCCAUGUUGGCGGUGCGCAAGGAAUAUCGCAAGCUUAAGAUCGGCACCACGCUCGUGACCAAGGCAAUUGAGGCUAUGCUCGCUGAUAAUGCUGAUGAAGUGGUGCUGGAAACGGAGAUGCGCAAUGAACCGGCGUUGCGUCUAUAUGAGAACUUGGGCUUUGUGCGUGAUAAACGACUGUUUCGUUACUAUCUGAACGGCGUGGAUGCUCUGCGUCUUAAGCUGUGGUUCAGAUGAGCCAUCGCAAUAGCGCAGGAUGCCGUCGAAAUUAUUUUCUAGUAGCCGCCAAGCGAGAGCUCUACAAAAAAAGGAUGCCUUGUUUUUUUUGGACUCUAUAUAGUUAAAACCCCAACGUUUUCCUUGGGCUGGCUUCCAACCACACACACACCCACACUCACACACAUCUACAUACUGUCCGCAUCAACGCGACUCUUGUUUGUUUCUUCUUAUCUAUAAACAUUUUUUUUUUUAUAAAUAUUAAUAUAUAUAUAUAUGCUUAUGUGUGUAUAUAUUGUAUUUAGGCGUUUGUUUGUCGUACGAUUUAAUUUUGGAAAGUGUGGAGCGCAUGACAAACGAAUCAAAUUUUGUACCUAUGAACUAGGAUUUACAAUUGUAAUUUUCAUUAACUGUAUGUAAAUUAUUUUAAUUAUUUAAGCGUAUGGCAAUGGCAACAAAGAAGCAGAACAACAAACAAAAUAAAACACAAGCAAAAAAUAAACAACAAAAACAAAUUAAGAGUUCGUCUAGAAAGUUCAACAAAUAAACAGAGAGAGAGACAGACACACACACACACAGUAAUCGACAACAAGAUGCAUGCAUUGCAAACUUAAUAUGUGUAAUAAAACAAAUACAAAAAAUGAAAAAAA